AUGGAUAUUGAUCGACCAGCAAACGUGACUUUCCUCGAUUUUGUCGGAGGGAUCCAACUUCUCCAGGGAGAGGACACCAGGACCGCCAUGCCCGUCCUCCUGAUCGGGAUCUGCGUGUCCGGAGCCGUGGGGAACUUGUUGGUUCUGCUGAUUUUCGUCCGCGACUUCCGGACCGGCCGGGGCUCGGAGGUGAAAGCGCUGCUCGCCUCCCUGGCCUCCGCGGACUUGGCGAUCCUGCUGCUGUGCGCCCCCGUGCGCGCCGUCACCUACUACAAGCAGACCUGGACCAUGGGGGGGUUUGUGUGCCGCACCGCGGACUGGUUCCAGCACUCCUGCGUGGUGGCGAAAACUUUAAUCCUGGCGACGACCACCCGGGCCAGGCACACCCUGGUCCCCUCGCGCCCCGCGUCCAGCCCGACGUGGAUCCACGGAGCCCUGGCGUUCAUCUGGAUCGUGUCCAUGAUGUUCCCGAUCCCGCAGCUGCUCUUCGCCGCCUUGUUGCCGCGCGGCACCGAUGAAGUCUGCGUCUCGGAGAUGCCCGUGUGCGCCUCGGACUUCAUGAGCCUGUUCUACAAGAUUUACCCCACGACUGCGUUCGUGGCGCCGGUCGUCCUGACCGUCGCCUUCUACACCAAGACCCUGUACACCGCGGUGAACCACGCGCCCGGCCCGCAGCACCAGAGCAAGGUGGUCCUGGUUUUACUGUGCCAAAGCGGCGCCCUGGGGCUCAUGCUGCUGCCGGACUGGGGGACUUUCACCUGGAUCCGACUCGGCUACCCCAAACCUCCCGCGGGCCUGGUGAUGUUCGCGCAGGUGCUCCUUUACGCGUGCAGCGCCCUGUCUCCGGUCAUCCUCAUGACCAUGUACGACGACGUGCGCCASGGACUGGUCUCCAUGUGGCUCGCGGUCACCUGCAGGGGCCAGAAGCCCCCCCGGAAGUGCCCGCAGGCCGAAGGGAACGGCGCGGAGGUGGCUGCCAACGACGUGGCCAACGCGCUCUCGCGGGAGAACGACAAAACCUUCCCGGACGUGGAGCACUUCUGGACGGGGCGCAGGAAYACGCGCGUGGAGGACGAGGAGGAUCCAGUUCCGUGGGAGAAGGAGGAGAAGAUGCUGUAA